AUGCUUCCUCAACAUACGCGUUGUCUCGCUAGCAAGGCUUUCAAAUACCAGAGUGCUCAUUUCCGCAUACCUCAAGCCACUUUUUCCACCACGACGAGACGCAAUGGCUACGAUGACACGAUCCAGAAUCUCAAGAUCGGCACCCACACCCGCGUCAUCUUCCAGGGCUUUACUGGAAAACUAGCCACCGCCAAUGCAAAAGAGUCUAUGGAAUGGGGAACCAAUGUUGUUGGCGGCGUGAAGCCCAAUGGGUCAGGCGAGCAUCUCGGGAAGCCCGUCUUGCCGUCAGUUAGGGCGGCAAUGGAACAAUUGAAGCCUGAUGCGACUGGCAUCUAUGUUGCGGCCCAUCAGGCCACCGCAGCUAUUGAGGAGGCAAUCGAAGCGGAGGUGCCCCUUAUUGUGGCGGUCGCAGAGCAUAUUCCGCUGCAUGAUAUCAUGAGGAUACACUCCAUGCUUCAGACCCAAUCGAAGUCGCGACUCGUUGGUGCUAAUGCUCCAGGAAUUAUCUCAGCGAUUGGCCGGUGUAGAAUCGGAUUCCAGCCUUUGCCGACCUUUUCUCCCGGUCACAUUGGUAUCGUAGCGAAGUCAGGCACCCUUUCAUACGAGACUGUAGGAUCUUUGACAAGAGCUGGUGUCGGACAAAGUCUAUGUAUUGGUGUGGGCGGCGAUGUCAUUGCCGGCACCAACUUCGUAGACGCACUGAAGGUCUUCGAGCAAGACGAGGAUACAGAAGCGAUCAUCAUUGUGGGUGAACUUGGUGGUACGACCGAGGAGGAGGCUGCAGACUGGAUCAAAGACUACAACAGGCGUGUCAAGAACCCGAAACCCAUUGCUGCCGUUAUUGGAGGUUUCCAAGCACCUCCAGGCAAAGUCAUGGGACACGCAGGCGCAUGGACAGGCUUAGGAGAAGGAACAUCAGAGUCGAAGUAUAGGGCGCUAGAAAGCGCUGGUGUGACUAUGGUGGACCAUCCAGCGAAGUUUGGUGGUGUUAUGAAGGACCUCCUUGCGAAAUCAGGUCGCAACGUUAAGAAGAUUGCAAGUCUCCCUCAAGCACAGCAGCGCCGCUCAUAUCACUCGUUACACUCGUUACGCCGACCUUUUGCAACUCCAAUUGCUUCCCAACCUAUCCAGCAAAGGCGAUCUCUCCACCUCACAGCAGAUCAGUCCUCUGACCUUCUGAAAUCAUAUAACAUCAACUUGACAUCGGCCCCUGAAAGUGCGCCAUCAAGUCACUAUGUGGGCAUCUCGCCAGCCCGAGCUGCUCGCUCUCCCUCCAUCAUCGCCGCUCCAACAGCCAACCCGGAUCACUUACAUCAACGAGUCAAGAGGUUUCCUUUUGACUACCAGCAAGGUCCCACCCCUGAGGUCAUCAACAACGCUAUCGCCCACAUGCAGCUUGAUGCCGCUCCACCAAAAGCCAAAGCACAGACAGCAGAGCUGAUACAAAAUCUCUGGAAGUUGUACCGCGAGAAGGAGGCUAUUGACGCUCAUGUCUCGUUAGCAGUUUCUGAGAGCCAAGAUGAGAUUCAAGUCUACAACCCGUUCCUCUUCUUCGACGACGCAGCUUUCAAGUCGAACAAACGACAAGCCGACCUCCAUGAGCUGCGCGACAAAACCAGCAUCUCAGCCACAGACGCAGAAGCCGAGCAAGCAGGCAUCGUCUACAUCCCCCUCGCCUCGCCAACCUUCUCCAACGGCACCACGCAGAAAGAAACCCAAACGCCCCCUUCUUCCGCCGCCGAGGAACCCAGAAACCUAGUAGGCACCCUCGUAAAUGGCGCGGGCCUAGCAUUGAACACAAACGACGUGCUACACACGCGCCUCUCUUCCCCUCCCUUCUCUACUACAGCAGCCAAUUUCCUCGACACGGGCGGCAAAGCUACGUCCGCUACCAUCAAGACGUCGUUUAAACUGAUACUCUCUGACCCGCGGGUCUCCGUCGUCUUCGUGAACAUUUUCGGUGGGCUGACGCUGUGUGAUAUGAUUGCUGAGGGUAUUAUAAUGGCGUUCAAGGAGGUGGGUGUGGAUAAGCCGGUGGUUGUGCGGCUCAGGGGCACGAAUGAGGAGUUGGGACAAAAGGUGUUGGGCGAGGCCAAGUUGCCUAUUCAUGCGUUUGAUGAUUUUGAGGAGGCGGUUAAGAAGGUGGGGGAGCUUGCUAAUGGGGGAAGUAGGGAGUUGAGAAAUUGA